UCUUCCUCAGCCAAGUCAGUCAGCAGAGGAUGGAGGAUGGAACCAAAGGGUUUCACAGGAGCCCCAUUUUGGACUCAAACAGCCAGGUUUGAUGUCUCUGCAAUUUAUCCAGAUGUCAAGCGGCCGAGUACCUUCCUGCAGGCUCCCUACUCUAAGGUUGUCUGUUCAGAGUUGAACCGAAAAUUAGGACCAGGCCGAUACAGCGUUGACUAUGGAGGCUUCAGUUCUCAUUCCUUGCAGAAGAGGUCGACAAGCUCCAGCUGGGCAAAAGCACAGGAAGCCACGAGGCUCACUCAAAUGCCUCAUUUUAAUUUUAAAGAAAUAUGCCACAGGGGGAAACUUCUGAAAGAAAAACUGGGUCCUGGAACAUACAACUACACAGAUUUCCUGCAACUCGAGGAGAGGCGUCCAUGCAGUAUUAGGGGGAUAUGUGAUACUGGCGAAGUCAGAUUCAAAGACCGCAUCAGGGAAUGUUAUCCUGCACCAGGAACCUAUGGGAAUCCUUACGCUGUCCUGGAAGAGAAGCAAAAACGCUCUUCAUCUGCACUUGGAAUCAUGGACAGCAAAACUUCAAAAUGUUUUGCUUUCCUUAAUACGGGAAGUGGAUUGGGACCCGGCACCUACAAUCUCAAAAACGGCAUGGACGAAAUGCUGAAACGAGUAAUCAGCAAGAGAGGACCUUAUGAAACUUUCACUGGAGACAGGUCAAAGCCGAUCAUUUGUGGGCAUUAUGCGACUGAUAAAAAACCAAUUGAGCUGAGUAGCGGCAAUGUAAAGAGCUUCGUGGAAGAACUUGAGACCAAAUGGAAGAAGAAAUAUGGUGUUUUCAGCACCCUUCCUCGGAAUCCUCUUUGCCCAACUGAGCGGAUCUUCUGGGCCACUGUUAGCCAGUGUCCACGUGAACAAUUCAAAGCAGGACCAGGCUCCUAUGACAUAAAGCCUAUCAAGAGAACAGAAUAUGAAAACCAGCCACCAUUCUGGAUUGGUGCAAAAAGAUUUGACCGGAAAGCACAUCGCCUCUUUUUUGGAAAUGCUAACCCAGUUGGAGUUGGGCGCUACGACACCACAAAACAUGAGAAGUACCCAAAGAAAAUCAAGUAUAGUUCACUUUAUAUGAAUGAAGCACAGCGUUACCUUAGUAACCUUGAACGAGACAAGUGCUUACAAGAACGUAUCACUCCUGUUACCAAAGGUCACUGGGAUAAUCCAGCAUCUGCUUAAACAGUCAUCGCUCUUUCUGAACAUUUAAGUGACCAAGUAUCAAUGGCACGCCUAAUUAAUUUCACGGGAAGUUCUGCCAACAAAGCUGUAUAAAAUCAAGAGAACAUCUAGACUUUUGCUGCAUCGCUAUCUCACACUGAUUCUGUAAUUAUGUAUCUCUUUAUAAUGUAUGCCAUUCUUUAAAAAGAAAAUCAAGACAUUUGAUGGAAUUUGGUAAAUGCAUGUUUCUUAUUCCAACCAGUCUGUUGCCAUGUAAGUAUGUGAGUAUUAAAAUUGAUAGAUGCAGAAACUGAUAAUGCUUCCUUUCAGUGUAACCAUCACACCCAUUCAAAGUGGCCUCUUUCACAGUGUGGAAAAUUUGAGUCCCUGUUCCUUCUUAUUGGUAGGGGUCCAUCAGGGAUUUUAACCAUUAUGAUAAGCACUGAUCCAAGGGUGUAGCAGCGGCAGGGGGAAGAGCUGCAAAAAUUAUAGCAGGGAACUCUGAAGGCAUUCAGGAUAUUCACAAACGACAGGCAGGUACAAAGCUCAUGCAAAUGUUCAGCGAGAUAAUCAUGCCUAUAAAGUAGAUGGAGGAAAACAGCACCCUUAAGAAUAGCCACUGCCAAAACUUUUAUUUUUCUUUUUCUUUCUAGCUCUUUCAGGGAGGUGCCUCUUUUUGAUUGACUUUUAUGCAUCUUUCAUUAAACAUGAAAGGGAUUGCUUCUUUCCUACCGUUUCAAUUUAAUUUUUCUCUAUUUGUGUUUUUGGCACCAGUCCAGAAAUGUCCUAAAGCAGAGGUCCCCAACCCCUG